UAGAGGGCUGUUAUUGAAUGCAGACAGCUAUAGAAUUUUCCUUUUUUGUCAGACGAAGACAUGGCUAUGGAGUCGAUGUCACCUGACUGGGAAUUCGACCGCUUUGAUGAUGGUUCGCAGAAAAUACACACCGAAGUGCAACUGAAGAAUUACGGAAAGUUCCUGGAAGAGUACACAUCACAGCUCAAAGGCAUUGAGGAAGCAUUGGACGAUACGAUUGGUGAUGUCUGGGACUUCACACUUGACCCCAUAGCAUUGCAGCUGGUUCCUCAUGAACAGUCAUCACUGUUGGAGCUCAUUAAAACUGAUAAUAAGGUGCUCAACAAAGUAAUAACGGUUUAUGCUGCAUUGUGCAGUGAAGUGAAGAAGUUAAAAUAUGAGGCCGAGCAUAAAUUCUAUAAUGGCCUGCUGUACUAUGGAGAAGGAGCCUCAGAUAACAGUGUGUUGGAAGGAGAGUCACAAAUACAGAUGGGAAGAUUCAUCUCGUUCCUGCAGGAGCUGUCUUGCUUUGUGUCUCGCUGUUUUGAAGUUGUGGUCAACAUUGUGCACCAGCUAGCUGCUCUUUACACCAGUACCAAGGGCGCCCCCAAAAUUAUUGAGUCCGCUGGAGUUCACUUUCAGACGGUGUAUGAGCAUUUGGGCGAGCUGCUUGUAGUUCUCAUCACCCUGGACGAGAUCAUGGAGAACCACAUGACCUUGAAGGACCACUGGAAGAUGUACAAGAGGUUAUUGAAAUCAGUGCAUCACAACCCAUUAAAGUUUGCAAUUUCAGAAGACAAACUGAAGCCCUUUGAGAAGCUUCUGUUGAAGCUGGAAGGACAGCUGCUGGAUGGCAUGAUCUUUCAGGCUUGUGUGGAUCAGAGGUUUGAUGAUCCAGGAGCAGGCGUCAAUGUCUCUAAAAACUCUCAGUUUGCUGAAGAGUUCAGUUACAACAUCCGCACCAUCUUUACUAAUGUUGAGUCAAAAUUGGGGGAACCUUCAGAGAUUGACCAACGGGACAAGUACGCUGGAGUCUCCGGGCUUUUUGUUCUUCAUUUUCACAUUUUCAGGACAGUGGACAAGAAACUCUACAGAUCGCUGCUGGACGUUUGCAAAAAAGUGCCAGCAGUGACCCUGACGGCGAACAUCAUCUGGUUCCCCGACGCCUUCCUGGUCAACAAGGUGCCCCCUGCCGCCAAGCUGCUGGACAAGAAGAGUCUUCUGAGCAUCCGCGCACACAGAGAGGCCUUCCUACAGCAGAAGGCACAGACGCUGGCCAAGGAUGUCCAGUCCUACUAUGUCUUUGUGGCCUCCUGGAUGAUGAAGAUGGAGUCCAUUCUGUCCAGAGAGCAGCGGCCAGAGAAGCUGGCAGAGGACCUGAGCGGCAGGUGCAGUGUGUUUGUGCAGGGCAUCCUGUAUGCCUACAGCCUCAGCACCAUCAUCAAGACCACCAUGAACAUGCACAUGUCCAUGCAGAAGCCCAUGACCAAGGCCUCCGUCAAGGCCCUGUGUCGAUUGGUGGAGCUGUUGAAAGCGGUGGAGCACACGUUUUACCGGCGGUCCAUGGUGGUGGCCGAUUCUGUCUCUCACAUCACGCAGCAGUUGCAGUCGCAGGCUCUCACAGCUAUUGCCACCGCCAAGAAAAGGGUGGUAUCUGAGAAGAAAUACAGUGAGCAGAGGCUGGACGUGUUGUCAUCGCUGGUGCUGGCGGAGAACACGCUCAACGGGCCGAGCACUAAGGAGCGACGACUCGUGGUCUCACUAGCACUCAGCGUGGGAACGCAAAUGAGGACGUUCCGAGAUGAAGAGCUGCUUCCCCUGCAGCUGGUGCUGAAGAAGCUGGACCUGAUCAGCGAACUGAAGGAAAGGGUGAAGGUUCAGUGUGACUGUAGUUUCCUGUAUUGGCACCGUGCAGUCUUCCCUAUCUACCUGGACGAUGUCUACGACAACGCUGUGGAUGCAGCGCGCAUACACUACAUGUUCAGUGCCCUAAGAGACAGUGUGCCCAGUAUGAUGCACGCCAAGCACAUGGACACAUACGACCAGCUGCUGCAGAGCUAUGACGUGGAGAUCAUGGACGUCUUCAAAGAGCACCUGUUGGAUAAGCUCUGCAAGGAGAUUGAGAAGGACCUGCGCCUGUCUGUCCACACACACCUCAAGCUGGAUGACAGGAACCCCUUUAAAGUCGGCCUGAAAGACCUGGCCCACUUUUUCACCCUCAAGCCCAUCCGCUUCUUCAACCGUUUCAUCGACAUCAAAGCCUAUGUGACUCACUACCUGGACAAAACCUUUUACAACCUGACGACGGUGGCCCUGCAUGACUGGGCGACGUACAGUGAGAUGAGGAACCUCGCCACGCAGCGCUACGGGCUCAUCAUGACCGAGGCACACCUGCCCAGCCAGACCCUCGAACAGGGGCUGGAUGUCUUGGAGAUCAUGAGGAAUAUUCAUGUCUUCGUGUCACGCUAUAACUACAAUCUAAACAACCAGAUCUUCAUUGAGAAGACGAGCAACAACAAACAUCUCAACACCAUCAACAUCAGACACAUUGCCAACUCCAUCCGCACACACGGGACUGGGAUCAUGAACACCACGGUUAACUUCACAUAUCAGUUUCUUCGGAAGAAGUUCUACAUCUUCAGUCAGUUUAUGUAUGAUGAGCACAUCAAGUCCAGACUCAUCAAGGACAUCCGCUUCUUCAGGGAGACCAAAGAUGAGUCCGAUCAGAAGUAUCCCUUCGAGAGGGCGGAGAAGUUCAACCGUGGCAUCAGGAAGCUGGGCAUCACGCCAGAUGGCCAGAGCUACCUCGACCAGUUCAGGCAGCUCAUCAGCCAGAUUGGCAAUGCGAUGGGUUAUGUGCGGAUGAUUCGCUCCGGGGGCCUACAUUGCUGCAGCAGUGCCAUCAGGUUUGUUCCAGACCUUGAGGACAUCGUCAACUUUGAGGAGGCGGUGAAGGAGGAGGGCCUUUCGGAGGAGACCCUAAAAGCGGCCAGCCUGCUAGACUCUGUCCUGGGAGACCUGACCAGCAACUCUGCAGAGGGCACGGAGUAUUUCAAGAUGUUGGUUGGAGUCUUCUCGCCAGAGUUCCGCAGUGUCAAGAACAUGCACCUCCGCAACUUCUACAUGAUCGUCCCACCUCUGACUGUCAAUUUUGUUGAGCAUUCGAUUGGUUGCAAAGAGAAACUCAACAAGAAAAACAAAGGAGGGGCAUCCUUCACAGAUGAUGGAUUUGCCAUGGGGGUGGCCUACAUCCUGAAGCUGCUGGACCAGUAUCAGGAGUUCGACUCGCUGCACUGGUUCCAGGCGGUGCGCGACAAAUACGUGAAGGAGAUCAACGCCGUGGUGAAGGAGCAGAACGUCCAGACCACAAGCCAGGACGAGAAGCUCAUGCAGACCAUGAACCUCACGCAGAAACGCCUGGACGUCUACCUACAGGAGUUUGAGCUGCUGUACUUCUCGCUGAGCAGUGCCCGCAUCUUCUUCAGGGCUGACAAGACGGCAGCGGAAGAGACAGCUGAGAAGAAGGAUCGCGAGGAUGUAUCUAAAGGAGGCACAGAGGGUACAUCUGAGUCGAGCACAAAAUGAUGAACAACAUCAUGAUCAUCUUUCUGCCACCAGGACCGAGUAAGGACUGUGACUGAACCUGACCUGUGAAUGUACUGCACAUCCUGGCAGUUUGGGUCUAAGCUGCCAGAGCAGAAUAAUUUUGUUGACGUUUCGAAAUGCAGGGAAUGCAAGACUUGUCUUAGAUGGACAUGGAAUCCUGAGGAGAUGUGGGUGUACUACUCCUGGCCUAUUUACUGGUCAAGUGUUGGCCUGUAAGUAUUCUGGCUAUUGGACGUACGAGUGCAUUAUUGUUGUUUUGGUAAACCCCUCUCUCUGUUGUGCUUGUUUGCCAAUUGUAAUAAGGUUUAAUCCAUUACGAAACAGGUUUCUGUAGCAUAGAAGGCACAGACAAACCUCCUAACUUAAGUUCUAAGUGUAUUAUUGGCCCUUCCACUUAAUCUGAGAUAUAACCCAGUGAAAAGUUAUCCCCAUGAAAAUAACCCCAGUUUGUGUUGUAAUCUUGGGGUAAAUGUUUCACUGGGUAAGAAGAGAUGUCAGUUUAAGUGGAACAGAAGCAAAAUUA